AUGUCCGAACCGCAGCAAACGACGAAAGUACCCGAAACGACGGCUGAGGAGGCUGUGCCUAGUCCCCCGACUGCCGAUGCUGCUCCCACAGAAGCCGCUGCUUCCGCGGAGGCUGCUCCCGCCGCAUCAGCGAUUCCGAAUACUCUCCCAGGACAGUACUGGGUCCAGCAACAAAACCUAGCCAGAGACGAUGAUGACGCCGAUUCAGCGUGUGGAGAUGACGGCGCGAGCAGUACCGCUUCUCUUUCCUCCUCGAUCCUCAAGUACAGGACAAUCCACGGUCGAACAUAUCACAGUGAACAGGGCAAUGCGGAGUACUGGUGGGCCAGCCCUAGAUCCUCGAUUACAAUGAAAGUUGUAGAUAUCGGAACUGGUACUGGUCUUUGGGCGAUCGAUUUCGCGGACGAAUUCCCUAACACGGAGGUUAUCGGCACCGACCUUUCACCUAUCCAACCGAGCUGGGUUCCCCCCAACCUCCAGUUCCAAAUCGACGACUGCACGCAAGAUUGGACCUUUGGCGAGAACUCUCUCGAUUACGUGCACAUCCGCUGGAUCUUCGGAAGCAUCAAGGACUGGACGGCUCUCUUCCAGCAAGCCUACAAAUGCCUCAAACCCGGCGGUUUCAUCGAGACGCACGAGCCCUCGACGUCCUUCCGAAGCGACGACGGCACCGUACACGAGAAGACCGCCAUGAGCCAAUUUGGCAAGUUCUUCGAGGAGGGCGGGAAGAAGAUGGGCCGCUCCAUGACGGUGCUUGAGGACUGUAUCCAGCGAAAGGCCCUUGAGGAGGCCGGCUUCGUUGAGAUCAAGGAAGUCCAUCUCAAGACCCCGAUUGGUAGCUGGCCGAAGGAUCCCAAGUUGAAGGAGAUCGGCACAUUCCAGCAAAUGGCCGUCGAGCAGGAUACCGAAGGCACCAUGCUCUACCUGGCUACCAUGCUCGGCUGGAGUCGCGAGGAGGUCAUUGCUUACAUUGCCACCCUCCGACGCGAGUUCCGCAACAAGAACAUUCACGGCUACUACGAGCAAAAGAUUCUUUGGGCCCAGAAGCCCGAACCCGCAACUGAGGAGUAG